AAAUAACAUCACUUUUCAAACUAUAUACAAUUGCCAAAGCCUUAAAAGGCUACUUUUAAAGCUGCUCUGUGCCUUCUCAAAAUUCCUUGUAAAGACAUAAUGCUGCAUAAAAGCCAGACUAAAUUAUGCCUGCUCUGACCCACCUCAGCCCCUAGAAUCAAAGUAGAUAGUUGAAAUUGCUUUGUAAAUCCAUUUAAGCCACUUGUGAGCAGCACUAAAAUGUCAUCUAAAUGCCACUUCAGAUUCAGAAGCGCAUCUGUGACACCUUUGCAGUGUAAAUUUGGCAUAAGUGCUGUGUUCACAAUUGUAGUAAGAGUCAUUUAUAGGUGAGAGACUUUUGGUGUAUUAGUGUAAGCGGUUUAAAAAUUACUUGGGGAGAUGCUGCACUCUAGUGCUAUUGCGUGGUAUUGCAUUUUGGUGAAAAAUCAAUAACCAAUAUACUAUUUCUCUGUCCGGACAGUUUUUUGGGGUAGGACACUGUUAAGUACUGCCCCUUUAAGAGUGAAGUAUCUCAAUGCCAACGGUCAUGUGUUUAAGUGUCCAAUACAGCAACAUACCGGCUUUUGUACCUCACACACACACAGACAGAGGAGUUAAAAUGCUGUGUCAGCCUUAUGGCAAAUACAACACUGUUUGUGGCCCCCCUCCACUCCAAUCCUGCAAACAGUCCAUGGCCUUGUGUCAAAACUGUUUGGUAGUGAUGAGAGCUGGACGCUUGAAUAUUUUGAGGAGCAGAAUGUAAAUUGUAGCACUCUUUUUUUUUUUUCUUCUUCUUCUUCUUCUUUUUUCCCGGAUUGUUCCUUUUGUUAGCCAAGAAAAUUCUUCAUGAAAAAACAACAACAACAGCAACGUAAGGACACAGUCUUUCUUUUCGGUUCCUGGACAUCUGUGUCUCUUAAUUUUUGAGGAAAGAAGCUGACGUGAAUAUCAGAUGCCUUCGCUUCCUCAUUCUGCCUCAAGCUGCUGUCUCAAAAUGUUUUUCGUUGUCAAGGUGAAGAUUGUUUGGACAUUUUAAAUUCUGUGCUUUUAUAAACAACCAAGUCAGAUCUCUGACCAUCAGUCUUUCUUUGUGUUGGAAGGAAAUCUGGAACUGGACUGAAAAGAAACCUGCUAUCUGUGCUGUCUGUCUCUCGUUUUGCUCUGCCAGGAACUUAUUGAUCAGACAGAGCAAAACCAACGCUAUUGUUGUCAUGUGUGUCCUCAAUAAGAGCUGUUUACAGACAGCUGUGGGUCAAUGAACUGAUCGGCAAUGAAGUAACUCAUUCAAUCAGCUUGUGUUUGGUCAAACUAAAAGCUCUUACUGUUUGUGAUUUGAUCUGUAAGGCAUUAAAUUACCAGGCUGUGACCUGACAGAUUGUUUAAAAGGGUGUUAGUGGAUUAAUGUUACAUUCAUUGCUUACAGAGAAGCAAUGGUAAGUAUAAAUGGAAAAAAAUGAAUUGAAACUUUUUACUUCCCUUCGGAGUCAAAUGGAGCUCUCAGCUUGGUAGAUUUGUUUAGCAGUGUCCCCCAUCUCAAAGGACAGCUGUGUUUUUGAGCUUGGAGAAAAAAAAUACUAAAAUGGACACAAUAUAGAGGAUAUAGCAUAGGAAACAACAGAAGAUGACACAGAAGAGGGGGGGCUAUGACAGAAAGACUGAAACCGAACUGAUGGGGAUGGUUGGAAAAGGGUCUAGUUUCAAACGAAGGGACUCUGAAGGACGUUCUCACAGUGCUUGGGACUGAUGCUUAAGAAAAUCCACUGGACAAUCUAUUGAACUGAACCAUCAACAGGGUUUCCUUGCCACAUAUCCUCUGAGAGAGAGUGAGGAAAAGUCCAGAGUGGAAUCCUUUUGGGAUAUGGAGCUAUUUAGGAUUCAACAAUGAAAUGUUUGGACUGGAGUACUGAGUUCAGUCAGUGUUUUGGGAAGCAGCUCUGAAGUGCAUUUGUUCACAUCUUUGUUUUUUCAGUAUUUGACUGUCUUUGAAUGUCUAAAUCUUGUUGAUGCUGUUGAAAGCAGCCCUAAUCUAAUUCUUCACUUUUAUUCUGUAAAAUUUUGUCUAAUCAAUCUUUUUUUAUAUAAGCAAAACUUUGUGGGAUCCUCCUUCGUGCAUAUUUCUUAUGUUUUUGUCAUCAAAACAUUUUGUGUAAUUUUAGUUAUUUUUUUAGAAUAGAAAUACAUUUAACAAACGUUAUAAUCAAAUGAAUGUGCGAAAUUGCAGAGAGAGAUGUAGAGUUUUAAAGUAGCGUUUGGCCUGAUUUGACUUGUGUUUUUUUGGAAACCGUGUCAUCUUUGGAGGAAUCGUGAGCAUCACCACAGGAUUCUGUUCUGCUUUCGGACCGUUGGCCGCAACAGCUGCAGCUGGCACAAUGAAACUUGCAUGUGCGAGAGCAUUGUUUAUAAUUAACCCUUGCAGUGUUAAAAACUGCUUGACCAGUGACAUGCUCUCUGUCUGACUACUGGACCGUGGGGCCGAUCACAGGGGCUGCCAUGGAAAUCUGUAGUACAGUUGACAACAUGACUGGACUAACACAUGAUAGGCCAGUCCAAACGUCCUCUUUCUGCCAGCAGUUUGCAUCUGUCGAUGGGGCAGGAAAUUAUGAUAUUGUGAAUAAUGUUGUCAUUCCGACCCCAGGAGCACCAGACCCCAGGGCCCAGAAUUCUUUGCGGCAGAGUUGGGAAAUGAACUACCAGGAAGCAGCAAUAUACCUGCAGGAAGGAGAGAAUAAUGACAAGUUUUUCACUCAUCCGCGAAGUGCCCACGCGCUCAGCGCCUACCUGUUUGCUCACAAUCACCUUUUCUAUGUGAUGGAGCUGCUGACUGCGGUGUUACUCAUGCUUCUGUCCCUCUCAGAGGCCCCUGCCGUCCCCUUCCUUCGCUUGGACGUCUAUAUUCACGCGACACUGGAGUUAUUGGCUUUGGCGUUGGUGGCAUUUGAGUUGGGGAUGAAGCUCCGAUGGCUUGGCUUUCGCACGUUUAUACAGCAUAAAAGGACCAUGGUGAAGACAUGUGUCCUGUUUCUUCAGUUCAUCGAGGCGAUCGUUGUCUUAGUCCGGCAGACAUCUCACCUGCGUGUGACGAGAGCCCUGCGGCCAAUCUUUUUGGUGGACUGCCGUUACUGUGGAGCCGUUCGCAGAAACCUGAGGCAGAUAUUUCAGUCUCUUCCUCCCUUCAUUGAUAUUCUUCUGCUGUUGCUUUUCUUCAUGGUCAUCUUUGCCAUCCUGGGAUUUUGCUUGUUCUCAGCCAACCCAGCUGAUCCGUAUUUUAGCACACUUGAGAACAGCAUUGUGAGUCUGUUCGUCCUUCUGACAACUGCAAAUUUUCCAGAUGUGAUGAUGCCAGCAUAUUCAAAGAAUCGUUGGUCAUGCAUUUUUUUUAUUGUGUAUCUGUCCAUCGAGCUCUACUUCAUCAUGAAUCUGCUCCUGGCGGUAGUUUUUGACACCUUUAAUGGAGUCGAGAAGAUGAAAUUCAAAUCUCUGCUUUUACACAAGCGAUCCGCCAUCGAGCACGCCUUCCAGCUGCUGGUUAGCCGGCAGAGACCAGAUGGUGUGUCUUUGAAGCAGUUUGAUGGACUGAUGCGAUUCUAUCGUCCACGAAUGACGGCACGGGAUCGUUUUCUCACCUUCAAAGCCCUCGACUAUUCAGGCGCAACCAUGCUGAGUCUCCAGGAAUUUUAUAAGUUUUAUGAAGUGAUUGGGCUCAAAUGGAAGGCUCGACGGAGUGGGGAGUACUGGUUUGAUGAUCUUCCUCGCACAGCAUUCCUCAUUUUCAAAGGAAUCAAUUUACUUGUGAAAUCCAAAGCUUUUCAAUAUGCAAUGUAUCUGGUAGUAGCAAUUAAUGGCAUCUGGAUCCUAGUGGAGACAAACAUGUUAAAUGAUGGUGUCUCAUGGACUCGUGUUGUCCCCUGGAGCUACAUUGUUUUCCUCACAAUUUAUGGAAUUGAGGUCUUGUUGAAGCUCACAGGCCUUGGUCCAAUGACAUAUUUCAGCUCAGGAUGGAACCUCUUUGAUUUCUCAGUAACAGCAUUUGCCUUUCUGGGAUUGAUUGCUCUGGCCUUCGACAUGGAGCCAUUCUACUUCAUUGUUGUGUUGAGACCUCUUCAGCUCCUCCGAUUGUUUAAAAUUAAACAGCGCUAUCGGAAUGUUCUGGACACAAUGUUUGAACUGUUCCCACGUAUGGCCAGUCUAGGUCUGACUCUGAUUAUCUUCUAUUAUUCUUUUGCCAUCGUUGGAAUGGAGUUUUUUGCUGGGGUUGUUUAUCCGAACUGCUGCAGUAAUAGCACAGUUGCUGACUCGUAUCGCCAGAUAAAUGUGACCAUUGGCAACCGAACAGUGCUAGAAGAGGGAUAUUACUAUCUCAAUAACUUCAAUAACAUCCUAAGCAGCUUUGUCACUCUUUUUGAGCUAACAGUGGUGAACAACUGGUACAUCACUAUGGAAGGUGUGACAUCAGAAACUACUCACUGGACUCGCCUUUAUUUCAUGACUUUUUACAUUGUCACCAUGGUUGUCAUGACGAUAAUCGUAGCCUUCAUACUGGAUGCAUUUGUCUUCAGGAUGAACUACAGUCGGAAGAAUAGAGAGCCACUAGAUGACCCAGAAGAUGAAAAGGGGAUUGUAUUUGAGACAGAGGUGUCCCAGACUGAAGCUCUACAGACUCUGGACUUAUAUAAACACACACUGGGCGUCACCAACCUAAGCUCACUGCAGGAAAUGUGUGUGGCUCUGGAGCGGAGCGGGCACUCCUCGUUAGUAUUUCAGGGUCGAAGGUCACGUACCAAGAGUGACCUCAGCAUGAAGAUGUAUGAGGAGGAGAUUCAGGAAUGGUACGAGGAAUAUUCCAGAACAAACCUUCAGCCUGAUGAGGCACUCCACAGAGAACUGGACAGCCCUGAAGCCAAUGCCUCAAACAGCAUUAACUAACACACACUCUGAACACUGCAUCAGCGUUAGCUAACACACUUACUCAUACCUCUGAGGGACCGUAAGACCGUCUUCCUCCCAUCGUUGGAAAGCACAGGUGUUCCCCAUGACCACUACAUGCUCCCUCCUUCCACAUGGAGACCCACAGAACUUCUUUACUUAAAGCCUUAUUCCCCAAAAAACCUUAAGGUUCCGUGGCCAAUCAGGGAAGCUUGCAGACCAAUCAUGUGACAUGCACUAGGUCCAGGAACCUUCUUUUUCUUCCAUGAAAUGCACCUCAUGACAUUUGCCUUUUUGAUCCUGAAUGAUUCAGACUCUCUCAUGGAUUUGACAAAUGGAGCACAGUGAUUGAAUGUUUCUGUGGGAGAUGCAUCAGAACUGAAUGUGAGGAUUUUAGCACUAAGUAACUCGUGUCUUUCUUCACAGUCCGAGGUAUUGCUUAACCAACAGAUAAAAGAUUAUAGUAAUAAACUAAUGCUGUUUUUAAACUAAAGCUGCUUUUUGCUGGAACCUUUGGACCUAUAGAGAGGCUUAUUUUGUCGUUAUAUAUAAAUAUAUACAUGCAGAUUAAACUUAUGUCAGAUGCAGUUAAGAGUCAAGUAUUUAAAAAAAAAAAAUGUUUUAAUACAUUCACUUAUUCCCUCAAUAUGGGCUGGUUUCCCAGACGUGUUAAUUUUGGACUGAUAAGUGUUAGAAAACCAGCCAAGGACCUGUCUUGUCACAUAUGAAAAUAUCUUAUUUCCUUUGUUUGGAGUCAGUAUUGUUUUAGGCAUGAAUUGUAAAGCUUAAGAGUAAUUUUACAGACCCGUUCAGAUAAAAUCUAGUCAAAAUCACGCAUUUUAUUCCACCUACAGUCUGAUUCAUUUGGCUUUCCAGAUUAAAUACAAAUCUGUUUUAAAAUCCAAAUUUUCUUUUGUGUAAAACCAUAGGUGACAAAGGGAAACCAUUUUGCGUUGCAUAUGGUUUUUUUGCACAGUACUUCAGAACUGUUAUUUAUUUAUUUACAUUGAGUUAAACAAAUUUUCCUGUGCAUCUCUCUUGUUUGCUGCACUAUUUUCUAUAUAUAUUUUAGUUAUUUUGCAGAUGCUUUUAACAGGUUGAAUGCAUGCAAAUCCUCUUAUAUCGUUGUUUACUCUCGUGUCUAGAGCAUCUGACCUGGAUUAAAUCAUAAAUGUAGUCAAGAGGGUCAGUGAUUUCAUCUCAGUUGGUUGUUUAAUUGCACUGUAGGGUGUGCAGCCUUGAUGCUCCAAACACAAGGGAACAUGAUGCAUAUGUGACAUCAAACCAAACCAGCUCCUCUAAUACUGUAAGGAUUUACCUGUUUCACUUCUCUGUUCUUGUACCUUUGUAAAUGUAUAAUAAUGACAGGUCUAGUAAAUUAUACAUUUUGAUGGAACUUUUUUGUUUGUUAACUGUUGUAAGGUGUCUUUAUGUGAGUUAACUCGUUUUUGUAAUUGUUAUCAUGGCUACCCCGCUGUCAAGUUUGAUUUCAUUCGGACUGAAACAAUAAUGUAUCUUUUUAAAUUGUCAUGUAAAUCGUUCCUGUCAGA